GUCCACUUGUGUGGUCACGUGGUUUUCCCGAUCCUGCGAAGUACAGUACUUGCUUCUGGUCUUGACGGCACCCAGCCACUGGGAAGGAAAGCGUUGCUGUUUCUGCACAGCCUGCAAAAACACGCGCUGGUUUUCAUCUCUUCUUCCGCGGACACCACUUAAUUUGAACCGUAAAACAAAACGACGCAAAGUGAACUUGGAAAAGGAGUCGCAGUAAUCCGACUUGGCGCAUAUGACAUCAUCGCCAGGCUGGCUUGUCAUCGUCGGUUGAGGCGGGCAGGUUAUUUUAGUUUGCUGUGGUUGGACUGAAAGGAGCAGAAGAUGUCGAAGAUGAUUAUUUUAUUUGGGCUGUUUGUGGUGGCUGCGCAGCUCCAAGUUGUGAGGCCUGUCAUCCACUCACUCAAGUAUUUUCGAACUGCGUAUUCUCCGACUCCAAACUCGCUCGAAUAUUGGAUGGUUGCUUAUCUCGAUGAUGUUCAGUUUGUUCGCUACCACAUCAAGAGCAGGACAUAUGAACCCACACAGGAGUGGAUGAACAAAGUCACAGUCGAGGAUCCUGACUACUGGGAGAGAGGGAGAGACAGGAAUAUUAAUAAAGAGCAGGUCUUCAAAGUCGAUUUGGAAAAUAUGAGAAAGAGCUUCAACCAUACUGGAGGUGUUCACAUGAUCCAGAGGAUCUCUGGCUGCGAUUGGGACGAAGAGGCUGACAAGAUUUACGGUUCGACUCACAUUAGUCACGACGGAGAAGACUACCUGACGUUUGACCUGCAGACGCUGACAUGGAUCGCUGUCCAUCCGCAAGCUUUCGCCACCAAACUCAAGUGGGACCAAUUGGACGCCUAUCGUCAAUACAAGCAGCGUUACCACAUGGAGAUUUGUCCUUCUUGGAUGAAGAAAUAUUUGAAAUAUGGGAGUGACGUCGUGCUGAGAACAGAGCUGCCGGUGAUGUCCCUGCUGCAGAAGACGCCGUCGUCUCCGAUCACCUGCCACGUGACGGGUUUCUACCCCUACAAAGCCGCCCUUUUCUGGAGGAAGGACGGCGCGGACCUCCACGAGGACGUGGAGAUGGGAGAGACCCUCCCCAACCACGACGGAACCUUCCAGAUGACGGCCCACCUGAAAGCGGAGCUGCCGGCCGACGCGGAGGACCGCUACGAAUGCGUCUUCCAGCUGUCCGGCGUCGAGGGCGACAUGGUCACCAAGCUGGACAGAAGACUCAUCCUGAGCAACGAGCGCGACCGAGAGGAAGAAAUCAGGAAGAUGACGCUGGCCGUGGCGAUCCCCGUCGUGCUCCUCGUUCUGCUGGCGCUGCUGCUCGUGGUCUUCGUCAAGCUUUACAAAAGCAGACGAGCCAAAUACACGGCAGCAUCUGUUGACGGCGAUUCCGAGCUCACUCCUGGGCCUCCUUCCGAGCCCGAUUCCGAACGCGUUUCCGAGCCCACUUCUCUGUGAGAUGCGGCCACCUUCACCUGGUGUUGGAAGACAACUGAGGUGUCUCCAUCCAAAGGCUUUCCUGUCAGGCUUGGAUUUCACAACAGGGAAAAGAUCGGAGUUGUUCUUCACAAAGAUGAUUUGCGCACUGCUGUUUUAAUUUUUUUUGCUGGCUUUGGUGUCUUGGAGAUUUGAUCGAGUUGCUUUCUUGUGUUCAUUUAUAAUUUAAUUUGUAUGAAAUCAGCAGUCUCAUCAUGACAAUCAGCUCGUGAUCGAUCAAAGUCGGUCUGAAGUUACCUGAGAGUCUUGUGACGGCAGAUGGCGGUGUGAAGCUCUUGCCAGUUUUUUCCAUCAACACUUUUUCACCCUCAAACGUCCUGUUUUGCAAUCAACAUUUGACACGUUUUUAAUCAAGAAAUCUUCAUCAUGGGCUCUUUUACAUACUGGUAAGAAGUAAACACGGGAAAUUUAAAAUACAGUCAUGUUGAUGCGCUUGCACGGGUAAAAUCAAGCAAUUUAUUUGUACACGUUGAGACAUAAAAACAUCAUUUGUGUCACCUGAAUAAAGUCAGCUCAGCUGCUCUUUUCGAUU